UGAGAAAUACAUCGCACAUGAGUACAAAAGCCCUGCCUGCCACAGACUGGUCAUGAGAGUGCAAGUGUGACAGAGGGACAUGAUGGACAGCAUUUUGACUCAACUUCAGAUUUGUUAAGUUUGGCUAAGAACAAAAAAAAGGGCAAACAAAAACAAAAAUGGCAGAUCUUGCAAGUGUGCAUGAGAAUGAGAAUCAGAGCAACACUGCUCCAGACCAAGACAUCUGUGGACGUACGGAGGACACUGCAAGUCAGCCGGCUCUGGUUAUAACCGAAGGAGACGAUUCAGUAUUUUACAGCGAGGAAGAGGAAAUUCCCCAGCAAGUCCUUGACUCCAUUUGGGCUCCACAUUCAGGAGAGCCAGCUUGGCCGGAAAAACUUAAUUCUGCUCCUCAGGUUCACAAUUCAGGAGCUCAGGCGCCUUCAUGUCACGGUAUUGAGCUAAUGGAAGCAAGUGCAGAGCUUGACAAUGUUGCCAUGCUGAAAGAAAUGGAAAGCAAAAUGGAAAACAAAGUGAAUAAUGCGUCAUCUACAGACACUGACGUGCACGGCGAGACAGCAGAUAAGAGCAGGAUAAUACACCCUGAAGAGCUUUCAGUGCCUCCAGUGGUACUACUCAGAGGGUCUACUCCAGCUGGAGCUGCACAGAUGAAGGAAAGAGCCGACUCAUACACAGACGAGAGCAGCGACUUUUUGCCUGACGAGUCCAGAGAGACAGGACUGCCAGAAGGAAGCGGUGUGAGUCUGGAGGACAUGGAGCAGGAACACGGGCUAGACAUGAUGUGUGAUUCUGACAACAAGCCGUUUAAUCACCUGAUGCAUGCGAAGUAUGGAACAGUGUCAUACCGGAGAAUUCGGAGAGGCCAGACGAGGAAGAGGAUUGAGAUGUUCGAGUCUAUGAUGCAGCUGUGAAAACCUUGAACAUAAAUAACACACACACACACACACACACACACACCAACAACAUAUUUUCUUUGAUAACACAAGACUUUUUGGGUGCUUUCAGACAAAUGCUACUUAAUAAGUCAGUUAGCAUAGAUACACACUGGGCUUCUGAGCUGAAACAUGUGAGAAAAUAACAUUCUUAGGUAAUUAAACACUCCAGUACUUGGUAACUAAAGAAGAUGAAAGCAUAAUCCUACUGGGAGAAAAAAAAUCCCCAUUACUGGAAUCUGGCUCAUGGUAUUAAUGCAGCGUGCAGUAAAUCCAAGCUCUUAUGCAAGAGGUCAACUUCAUGUCUAUAAAGACACUACACAUUCCUAAACUCAUGCUAUAUACACUGGGCAAAUAUAUAUAAUUAUAUAUACACUGUAAUAUCAUAUAAAAUAUAUAUAAUAUAAGCAGUGUAAGGGUUUUUAUUUGGUGCUGUAGUUAUUCUCUUGGAAAUAAAACACUGACUAUGUGGUAAAGUGCAUAAUCUACGAUCACAUUUAAAAUGAAUGACUUGUUUUGUUAUCCUGACACACUGUAUUAGCAAUAAAAAUAGACAAAUCUCUCCAUUCAUCUAGAUCAGCUAAUUCCUUGACUGAACUGAGAGACUCUGUGGAAUGACAAGUGUCAAGAAAACAAAUGCGCAUGAGCAU